UCGGGGAAAGCCGUGAGGCGAGGCGCAAGGGGAAAAAAGGGCCAUGGCAGUCUCCACUUGCAGCGGGUCCCCAGACAGUCACAGAAUUCAUCCCUAGAGAAUCAGUAUAGAGUCGUCAUUCAGAACUAGGAUCUGGAGUUAGACUACCUAGGUUUAAACAACCCAAAUUGGCACGUUUGAGGUGUAUGACCUUGAAAAGUGUGUAACUGCUCAGACCGUCGAUUUCCUAAUUUGUAAAAUGGAGCUGAUAGUGCCUCCUUCGUGUGGUUGCUAGGAGGCGGUGCCCGGGAUCGGCAGUAGUCCUCGCUAGAGUGCGGGCGUCGGGACCGUCCAUUGUUGACUGGAAGGGAGGGGUGGGCGUGGCGGAGCCACCUCCUCGGCCGACUCUCCCGGGUCGACCUCGCUCGCCAGUCCUGCAGGAAGGAGCUGCGGCGCCAAGAUGAGCGGAGAGGAGAACCCAGCCAGCAAGCCCACGCCGGUGCAGGACGUGCAGGGUGACGGACGCUGGAUGUCCCUGCACCAUCGGUUCGUGGCCGACAGCAAAGAUAAGGAACCCGAAGUCGUCUUCAUCGGGGACUCCUUGGUCCAGCUAAUGCACCAGUGCGAGAUCUGGCGGGAGCUCUUUUCUCCUCUGCACGCACUUAACUUUGGCAUUGGCAGUGACAGCACGCAACAUGUGCUUUGGCGACUGGAGAAUGGGGAGCUGGAACACAUCCGGCCCAAGAUUGUGGUGGUCUGGGUGGGUACCAACAACCACGGGCACACAGCAGAGCAAGUGACUGGUGGCAUCAAGGCCAUUGUGCAACUGGUGAACCAACGGCAGCCCCAGGCCCGGGUCGUGGUGCUGGGCCUGCUUCCGAGGGGCCAGCACCCUAACCCACUUCGUGAGAAAAACCGGCGAGUGAACGAGCUGGUCCGGGCAGCACUGGCUGGCCACCCACGGGCCCACUUCCUGGAUGCCGACCCUGGCUUUGUGCACUCAGACGGUACCAUAAGUCACCAUGACAUGUACGAUUACCUGCAUCUGAGCCGCCUGGGCUACACACCUGUCUGUCGGGCCCUGCACUCCCUGCUUCUGCGUCUGCUGGCCCAAGACCAGGGCCAGGGUGUCCCCCGGCCAGAGGCUACACCCUAAGCAUCCUUCUUCCCCAUUAAAUUCUCAUUCCUUA